AUAAAUUACGCAGCAAUCAGUGUGUUUUUGUUCCUGCUCGUGCUACAAUUUCACAAUUAUUUUUUUGAACUCUGUUGCUUUGUGAAAAGUAAAUUUUUGGAAUAAAUAUGUCUUUCAUUAAGAAAUCCUCGCGUCUUCUGCAAUCCCAGCUGCGUCGGGUGCAGAGCGUGCCAAUAGCUUUAUACCAUGAAAAUGUAGUCGAGCACUACGAAAAUCCACGCAACGUGGGCUCGUUGGACAAGAAGGAUGUAAGGGUUGGCACUGGACUCGUUGGAGCACCCGCCUGUGGGGAUGUUAUGAAACUGCAGAUCAAAGUCGAUGAGAAUGGCAAGAUCAUUGAUGCCAAAUUUAAGACAUUUGGCUGCGGUUCGGCCAUCGCCAGUAGCUCAUUGGCCACGGAGUGGGUGAAGGGCAAGUCCAUCGACGAGGCGGGCAAGCUAAAGAAUACAGAUAUUGCCAAGGAGCUGCGUCUGCCGCCUGUGAAGCUACAUUGCUCCAUGCUGGCAGAGGAUGCCAUCAAAGCCGCCUUAGCUGACUAUAAAGUCAAGCAGCAGAAGAAUGAGUCGAAUUAAAUGCAAAUACUCAAGUUACAUACAAAUAGUAGAUAUGAUAACCCAAUAAGAGUUAUCAAUAUUAGAAAACCGAUAUACAUAUAUAUACAGUUAUUUUGCAUUGAGUUUUAGAUUAUUAUGAAUGUGGCUGUUUUGUGAGAUUUGGGAUUCAGAAACUGAA